GUACUUUGUGCAUUAUUAACUUUGAGCCCCGGGUCUGCGCCAGUCCCGAUACUUGUCUUCGUUUCUGCUGCUGCUGCUGUGAGUGCCGGCGCGUCCGCUGGCGUCGCUGCGCGCGCGCGGCCGACUUUCCACCCCGCUCGUUUGCUGGGCGGCCACCCUCAUACCCCGUUCUCUUUCUCUGGUUUCAACAGCUUAGUUUGGUUGUCGCACCGCAGCACCAGGAUUUUUCGUUUUUGAGUUGUUUGCGUGCCCGGUAGACGUCCGAUUUUGUUGCCUUUUGCCGGCGGGACCGCUUCGUUUUGCUUUGCGCGAGCGUGACCGUGCGAGGAAGCCAGCAGCAGCUAGCCAGCGACCGACCGACUCAGCACCACCGGAAGAGCCAGCCAGGCAGCCAGCUAUGCAGUGCCGUGAGCCAGUGUGCAGGCGAGUGGUGUGCGGGGCGGAUGCGGCGGCGGCAGACACGGCCUCCAGACCCCAUGAUUAGAGAGGCGGUGGCCCUCUACUGCGGCGGACCUUCUGCACAGUGGUGUGGUCUCAAGAGCAAGAAGAAGAAGGUUAGAAGGGUCAGCGACAACAGUUGAGUCGGCGUUGGGCAAUUUGAAAAUCACGUACACACUUCUGCAAUGGCCGACGACAAUUGAAAGCGAACGCGCCAAGCCGACCCCGCGAAUCUCAUGGCAGGCACCGUUGCAGCUCUGGUUGUGUUUUGGCAAUGACGAGAAGCAUAAUCGACUUCGACAGCCCCCUCCUCUGCCUCCGAACACCAUCGCGGCCAGGUCAGCAUCUGCAGCCGCAAAAGCGAGCUUCGCCAAGCUAACCGCCCCCAGGACCAUGUCGGUCCUGGUUUCGCCUUUUGCCACCCUGCUCUCGUCUUUGCUGAUCCUGCUGUGCAUCUUUGUGUUGCCCGGCUAUUGCUCAGAGGACGAGGAGCGGCUGGUGCGAGAUCUCUUCAGAGGCUACAACAAAUUGAUCCGGCCGGUUCAGAAUAUGACGCAGAAGGUGGACGUCAGAUUUGGCCUCGCAUUUGUACAACUAAUCAACGUGAACGAGAAAAAUCAGAUCAUGAAGUCCAACGUAUGGCUCAGAUUGGUCUGGACGGAUUACCAGCUGCAGUGGGACGAGGCAGAUUACGGCGGUAUCGGAGUACUAAGACUUCCUCCAGACAAAGUUUGGAAACCAGACAUUGUACUCUUUAACAAUGCUGAUGGUAAUUACGAAGUUCGUUACAAGUCCAACGUGUUAAUCUACCCAAAUGGGGAAGUUCUGUGGGUUCCACCUGCCAUUUACCAGAGCUCGUGCACAAUCGACGUAACCUACUUCCCGUUUGAUCAGCAAACGUGCAUCAUGAAAUUCGGGUCAUGGACUUUCAAUGGUGACCAAGUGUCCUUAGCGCUAUACAAUAACAAAAACUUCGUUGACCUGUCUGACUACUGGAAAUCAGGCACAUGGGAUAUUAUCGAGGUGCCUGCGUAUCUAAAUGUGUAUAAUGAGUCAAACGGUUCGCCCACCGAGACAGAUAUUACCUUUUACAUCAUCAUACGUAGGAAGACAUUGUUUUACACUGUGAACUUGAUACUUCCUACAGUGCUGAUUUCGUUUUUGUGCGUGCUAGUGUUUUACCUGCCAGCCGAGGCCGGCGAGAAAGUGACACUAGGAAUCAGUAUUUUGCUCUCGUUGGUUGUGUUCCUUUUGCUAGUCUCUAAAAUCCUGCCUCCGACGUCGCUCGUGCUGCCGCUGAUCGCCAAAUACCUCUUGUUCACCUUCAUCAUGAACACCGUGUCCAUCCUGGUCACCGUGAUCAUCAUCAACUGGAACUUCAGGGGGCCGCGCACGCACAGAAUGCCCAACUGGAUCCGCGUAAUGUUCCUCAGGUAUUUGCCUGCCCUGCUCUUCAUGCGGCGGCCCAAGAAGACGCGGUUACGCUGGAUGAUGGAGAUGACCAGCAUGAACGCGCCGCCGCACCCGUCGUACGGAUCGCCCGAGCUGCCCAAGCACAUGUCCGCCAAGAGCAAGAUGGAGGUGAUGGAGCUGUCCGACCUGCACCACCCCAACUGCAAGAUCAACCGCAAGUCGAGCGGCUCCGGCGUGCCCGACAGGGAGCUUCCCGGCUCCGGGGUCAUCGGCGCCGGCGGCCGCCGCGAGAGUGAGAGUUCAGACUCGCUGAUUCUUUCUCCAGAGGCCUACAAAGCGACUGAAGCCGUCGAGUUCAUUGCCGAACACUUGCGCAACGAGGAUGAAUACAUCCAGAUUCGCGAGGACUGGAAGUACGUCGCGAUGGUGAUUGAUCGUCUCCAACUUUAUAUUUUCUUCCUUGUUACAACUGCUGGCACAAUCGGAAUCCUCAUGGACGCUCCCCACAUAUUUGAGUACGUUGAUCAAGAUAGAAUUAUAGAAAUCUACAGAGGCAAGUAAGAGACACUUUGCCGAAGCGAAUUAUUACUUGUUGGUAGUAUGAAGAUGAUUACGAUGCAGAAGAAGAAAAAUCUGAAUGAACUAAUUGCUGCGGAAAUCUAAGUAAAAAAGAUUAAUGUUCUUUGUUAAUCUAACGUAAUAUUAAAAGAAAAAAACACUAUUGAUAAAAAAGCUAACGCAUAAAACCUAAAAAACGCGGUGAGCCUGGUACUAACUCUAACACUAAAAUGAAGAUGUUUUCGAUACACUUGGCUCUAACUGCGGAAAGCUGUGGUUUGUUUCGGCAAUCCCGCCAACCCGUAAAUGUGCAACGCAACACAAACACACACACACACACUCGCACACACCGCCCUCCGUCACUUUUCGGCCUUUCCAUCUUGUUGCCAACACUCGGCCCCUUUCUUUCUUCACGAGUGUGCCACCGAAAAAAAUAAAUAAAAUUGAUCAUUUUCUGGCGGUCGGACAAAAUUGGACUCACAUUUACGCGAGGAUGGAGGAGAAACAGCACCACAGCGAGGCUCACUAACUUUAAAUAAAAUAACUGAAUCUAAAUAAAAAAGCAAGCAAGCGCAAAUUACGUGGUGCUUAUUGACUCCUGUGUGCAGCGUGAGAAGGUGUCGGUGUCGGUCGGUGGCUAAAAAUUAUUUCGGACUUUUCUCUUGGAUGCGCGAUAUAUUUUUUCACGCGACAAAUCGUUUUGCGGGAAUGGCGGGCACGGCGGCGGAUCGCAGGCAGGAGUGAGCAGGCACCAUUGAAUUUUCUAUGUCGGACGAUAUUCUUAAUGCAACAUUUAAAGCCGAGAAGAUUGUGUGCUGAGUUACACUUACAUUAAAAAUUGUGUGUAAUUGAUAUCGAUAUUCAAUAAAAUUACGAAUAAUGUCAUUAAGUGAAAAGCAGAAUUAACGAUGAUUAAUAACCCGCGAACGAGCAGUUGUGUUUUUUCCCGGUAGAAUCUCUCUUUCUCUCUCUCUCUAUCUCUCUCACUCACUCACACUCUCGUCGGUGUCAUGUUCGUUUUAUUCCCAAGUAACGCGACUGACUUUGAUUUGUUGGCAGUAUUUUCGAUUGUUAUUCCUAAUACACAAACACACACACACACACACUCACGAAGAACGACAACCAAGAAAAGAAAAAAAGCUGUAAACAAUACUCUCUACGAUGAUAAAUUAUAAAUACAUUAUAAUUAUUACCACAAUAAUGGUUACGAUAACGAUGCUUGUUACAAUAAUGAUAAUUUAUUGACGAGUUAAUUAAACGCGUUAUUGGUAAGGUAAAAAACACCCAAGGCAUCUCAUGUUGACUAAGUUAUUACUGCUGCGUGCGUGUGACUUUUAGUGAGGAUGCAGAACGAACGAACGAAACCAAAUAAAAAAAAAAUGAAUUAAUUGAUCGACUGAUGCCUUCUGCGCAAUCGGCGCCAUCCAAGGUUUUCCUGCUCACCGCCGGACGUGCACGCAGCGCCCACUUCUUUUCCGACUCUCUCGAUGUGUAAAGAUUUCGUUUCGCCGCGCGCUGCAUGGAUUUGCUCAAAAGUGUUCGUCAUCGGGCGGACUGAAUUUCGUUCAUUUAAUCGACACACACACUCACACACGACGCGAAAAUAAUAAAAGAGUGGAAGCGAUGGACUCGGCGGCUGUUUGCACGUGCGGCGCAGCAAGCCACGGCUAAUUUAGCAAUGCUCCCCGCAACACGCGAACCAACACUCGCGCCCUCUUUCUCUCUCUGUCUCUCUCUCUCUCUCUCACACACACACAAACACACACACACAUACACACACACUCACACACACAGGGGUGGAUGAGCUACUAAAAUAAUUAUAUACACGUACUAAGCCAGUACAAUGGAUGUGUUUUAAAGAGAUAAAAUAAUUAAAGUAAUUAAAAAUAAACAAUAUCCUCUGCGAUUGAAUUUUAAUGUCAGUAGUUGAAAAUGGCUAAAAACGGGUUAUUCGGUGUGCACGUUUUAAUCGAUACAAAUAUAAUCAAUGUUCUCAUCAUUGUUGCCAUCCCUUUAGUCCUCGUCGCUGAUGCGCGGUGUGUGUGUCUCGAAAAAUAAAAUAUUUGCGAGUGGCUUGCGCGGGCGGGCGGGCGGGCAGGUGGGAAAACGUUUGGACCGCUGUUUACAUCGAAGGUGUUCUUUUAGAGCAAGCAUGAAAGAGAAAGAAAGUAAUAAGAUGAGCAAGAAAUUUUACAGUGCAAAUUAAAUUAAAAGAGUGAAAUUUAAGAGGUAAUAAUUGUUGUUGGAACAAUUUAACUCUUACUAAGAACACGUGUGCUCAAAAUAAUAUUAUUGUACUAAGGUCUUUUUGAUGAUAAAAACGAAUAAUAGCGACAAAAAGUGGUAUCAAAAAAAGAAGAAGUAAAGACGAACGCGAUGGGUUGUUAUACAUUAUAAUUAUUACGAACUUAUCCGGGGGUAAUUAAACACACUGCAUAUACUGCAUAUUUUUCUGGGAACGGGGACGGGGUGAUCAUCCAUUUGCACACAAGAGAGGCAUAUGUCUGUCGAACUGGAAUUGACACGAAGCAAUGCAUUCCUCACGCAAUGAGCUGUGUACAGCUAGUUGUAAUUAAUUCUCAAUGAUUCAAUUAUGAAAAUGAUUGCGUAACUCUCAUCACAUGCUGACAUUUAAUAAAAACGAACGAACGAAAAA